UUCACAAAACAAUUCAUGCAACUCAACCUUGAAAUUCAUAUUCUAGAUAAGGGGGUUCUCCUCCCUUUUCCAUACAAGAGAUCUAAAUGAGCUAUAAGUUUUCAAUUUAACCAUUAGAUUUGUAGUGAUGAGUUCAAACUUGAUUUGCUAAUAUGAGGUAUUUGGCUUAUCACCAUGAAAGCAUGUGGCUUUCUCUACAAUCAAAUGCGCUUGAACUGCAUGCUGUGCACAAUGAAGUGUUCAUGUUGGGAAAAGGGCUGCAGAAUGAACAAAAAUGGAAAUGUUGGGAGAAACAACUUCUGGGAGGAGUGACUUAUAGCAAAUUGUUUCUGCUAUCAAAAAAAAUGAUGAGAGAAGGAACAAGGAAUAGUAAAUCAAAGAAUGGUUUAGGUUUCAACUUUGAUGCUCAUAAUAUGGGAUAUGGUCUUAAACAUGAGUCAAAUAGGGCAUCACAAAGCCAAGGUGGUGGGAAGGGCCACUAUACAGUAGAAGAAACAACUCUUGUAACCCCCACUAUAGCACCACCGCCCCCCAUGCCCCGAGUUUCAGUUGCCUUCUUUCACUCAAAUUCCAUGUAUUAUGUGAAACCCAUGAUAGAAUCCCUCACUCCCGAAUUAGGCGUUUCCGCACAACAUAGGAAAACAUUAACAUGGGUAAAAAAACCAACAUUUUAGUUUAUAAAAAUUAGAAACAAAGUAAAAAACAUAAAAUAAAAACAAAAUUUUAUAAUUUGAAACGAACAAAAAGGACUAUUUAACGAAAAUCAUUCUAAAGAGAUUGGGUAGGCACUUCGGUGUUUCUUGAGUUGCUAUUCUCAUCCUCCCUAGUUGUUGUUGUAGGGUGGAAUUGGAAGCUCGAAACAGAGUUGUGCAAACUUUUUUCUCUAUAAACUAAAGAAAUUCCAAACCCAUAUAUACACACUUAAAGUCAACUUCAAAAUGCAAAAAAAAGACAAAAAAAAUGCAAAACAAAAACAAAAAAUGAAAAAUGAAAAUGAAAAAACAAAAGAAAAAAAAAACAUGGGGUGUUUGAUGAAGAAGAAUUCAAAGGAACAUGACAAAGAAAAAAGCAUCCUAAGAAAGAUGAACAAAGGUUUAAAGCAGCUUCUGUUGGGGGAUCUAAGAACAAUAAUCACACACAAGUAAAUAUAAACAAUAAAAAGAAUACUAGAUAUAACGUUUUUCGAUCCAAUCUGACCUACCCCCACGGAGCACACCAAUCUCACUAUAAACUAGAAGAAUAAAUACAAGGAGAAGCCACUGUUCAACUCAACUCUCUCUCUCUCUCUCAAUACUAUAUUCCUCACACACUCUUCCACGCAGCUGUGUUCUGCACACAACACAACUCCACACACACACACAUCUCAUUUGUAGCCAUGGAUGGGGGUGGAAGUCAGCCAAGGUGGGCAAGGUAGGUGAAGGUGGCUACCGAUUUCCAACUACUCCAGCUCAAAAUUCAACAUAAAUAGCUGGAUUGGUGGCUUCCAACGUCUCCACCAACAGUUUCUACUAUGUUCAUCGCCUCAAAGACCUCUACUCCUUCAGCAAGCCUGAUGAGAAGGUAGCUUUUAUUAUUGUGUCAAGUGAGUUCUCUUUUUUUCUUCUUUUUCUUGUCCUUUUGGGUAUUUUAAUUUCAUAUUUAAUAACAUUUAUGUGUUUGAUAAAGGUUGGGACUAUUGUUCAAGAAGGAGUUAAAGAAUAGUGAUGUUGGGUCGCUUGAUUGAGUUAUACUUUUUUUUAAGGUGAGGUUCUUAAAUGCAACUUUUUGUUUUUUAUAUAUAUAAAAUUUCUAUCUUAACAAGGAGAAGGAAGCUAAGAGAGCCAAGUAAAAUCUUUCCUUCAAUCUGUUCUGCUUUUUCUAAAUGAAAUACAAAAUUCGAAAGCAAGAAAAAAAAAAAGAAAUAGAAAAGAACACUCUUAAUUAUAUAACAAGUAUCAUACCAUUGUUAAGUUAAAAUUAGCUUUUUUCUAUGUGCUUUUUCAUCCCAAUUAACAAAAGGAGGCAGAGAAAAAUCUACCUAGCCUCUUUUGAAUGAAGGCGUCCAGGUUGUAAUAAGAGAUUUACACUCUAACAAGAUAUAUAUAGACACCCACACACUAUUGUAAAUCCAUUUUUCAUUUAAGAAGGGAUUUGUGCCUUUAAUAAUUAAGAGGCAUUUUUUUUUUCUUGCAUUUCAUUGAUGGCAACAUUAACAUAGGUUUUAGAUUUUUUUUUUUUUUUUUAAAAAACGAAGGUAAAUCUAAGUCUUCAUCAUCUCGAGUCUAAGUCUACAAUUCAACAUAUUAAUACCUCAUUAAUUCUAUUGUGACUCGGUGUAUAACAUCAUCUCACCUGUUUGUGUAUUAAUUUUUCUAACAAUCUCUGCCAGGGAUUUUGUAAAGAAAAAUGGAUUGUCCAAUAUUAAACAUAAGAUUCUAUGAGAUAGAGCCCUUCUUGAAUAUGAUUAAUUGAAAACAAAAGGUCCAAAAAUUUUUAAUAGAGAGAAACAAAGAUCGCAAUAUUAGAGAAAAAAUGGAUUUUCCAAUAUUACAUAUAAUAUUUUGUGUAUAUUUCUUGAUAAAUAAUGUCUUUUUUAUUUUUAAAGUUUAGAAAGGAAAUCAUUUAAAAAAAAGUUAAUUUUUAAUUUAGUGCAAAUUUGUGCACUUUUCUUUAUGCUUAGAUUUGUUUGGUCAUGACUUCAUGUUGUGCUACACUUUAAGUGUUUUAUUUCUAACUCUGUAUCUCUUUCUUUUGGUGCGAGGAACCAGUAUGUCUCUACUAAACAGUCCAUGUACAAUGAUGUUAACAAUCAUUCCUAUAAAUAAAGAAUCAACAGAUUUAAUUGGACUCGCUUAAAAAAUUCGAUGGAUAGAAGACCUAAAGAUCACUUUCCCAUGACUUUUGCCUAGGGACGCCUCAUCCUCUUGUCGUGCCAUGUCCGACACCCAACUCCUCACAGGGAUUAUUGGACAAUCACUAUCGUCAUCGGCAUUUGGUCAGGAAUAUUAACGAUAGGGGUACUUCGUGGUCACUUGGAGGAAGUAGAUAACUGCUUUAGAAACCUUGAUUCUCUUCCCAACGCCAAGGAGUGGCAAUACAACUAUUCAAUAUUUAAAUGCUUUAAAGACAACAUUUCUAACAUAUGAUGAUAGAGAUGAUGGAACUGAAGACUAGAUGCAAUAAUUGAACAAACAUUUUUGAAACAAGGUUUUGUGAAUCUUAUAAUUUUUUGUGGUGUAAAUAGGAAGGGAAAAUCUUCAUUUAUAAGAGCUUUUUAAAAGUCGUUGGGUUUGUUGUAUAUAUAUCCUAUAUAUACUCAUUCAAUGGGAUUGAUAAAAGCAAUUACUCAA